UUUCUUAUCCAGUUGAUAGCCUACUUAACCGUCUCUUCUUCCAUACUUUCACACGUUAACAACAAGAGUCAGAGUUUUGUUAUACAUUCAUUCACAUUUCUUUCUCAAUCUAUUCUUCUUCUUCUAAACUAAGAAACUAAUGGAUACUAUUGAAUUUCAGAGAGAAAAACUCUUCACACUCUCAAAUUCUGUGAAGAUGUUGUUAGCACAAAUUGGUUCUACUGAGCUCAUCGAUAACUUUCGGAAGACGAAGCUCGACGUUUCACUCUUGACAAAGCUCAAGAGAAGAUUGACGAGGAUCGUAGUUCUACUUAAUGACGAUGCUGAUUCCAAUGAAUGGUUCGAUAUGGUGAGCUAUGCUGUCUUUGAACUCGAAACUUUGUUUGACGAAAUCAACACCGAGGCAUUGCGGCGUAAAGUGGAAGCGGAGUAUAAAACCCUAACUCUUUCUCCUUCUCAGGUUCUCAAAAAUGCUAUUUAUUCUCCUUUCAAACGGUUUAAAAAACUGAUUAAGUCUAAAUUGUUGAAAUUAGUUGAAAGAUUGGAGUUAUUGAGUUCAGGAAGUGGACAGAAAGGUAAAUUAGGUGUUUGGCUUGAAAAUCCUGAAAGUUCUGAAGCCGUUGAUAACCAGUCUGAUAUUUAUGGAAGAGAUAGUGAUAUAAACAAACUUAAAAGUUUUUUGUUGUCAGAAGAAGAUGCUACUGAUGGUGCUAGUAAAAUAAGAAUGAUUUCUAUUGUAGGUAUGGGAGGGAUUGGUAAAACAACCCUUGCUAAACUACUUUACAAUGAUCCUCAAGUUAAGGACAAAUAUGGAUUGAGAGGGUGGGCAGUUGUAUCGAAAGAUUUUGUUGUUUUCAAGGUUUUGGAAGCCAUUCUUAAUUCUAUCACUUCGCAAACAAUUAGGGAUGAUGAGGUGAAUCGGGAGGUUAUUGAAUUUGCCAAUACAAAAAGAAAUGACCCGGGUGACCUUUACGCGAAUCUUAUAUUAGUGUUUUUCAAAAAAAUUAUUAGCAAUAACUUAUUUUUGCUUGUAUUGGAUAAUGUGUGGGAUGCGGAGUCUGUCAAUUGGACGCAUCUGAUGGACAUCUUUAGUGUUGCGGAAACGGGAAGCAGGAUCAUCAUCACAACACGGGAUGAGAGAAUUUCACCAUCCAUGGAAACCUUUGGUUCUGUCCAUUACUUGAGCCCUCUGAAAAGUGAAGAUUGCUGGUUUUUACUUGCUAGAAAUGCGUUUGGAGCAUGUAAUGACCAACAACGGUCCAAUCUAGAAGAAAUCGGCAGAGAAAUUGCAAAAAAGUGUUACGGUUUACCAUUUCUUGCAGUGGCGCUUGGGGAUUUUCUUCGCACCAAAUUGUCCCUAGAUUACUGGAAUUAUGUGCUACAAAGUAACAUUUGGGAAUUGACAGAUCAUGACGUGCAACCUUUUCUACAAUUGAGCUACAAUUAUCUUCCGACUCCUUUAAAACGAUGCUUUGCUUAUUGUUCGAUUUUUCCAAAGAAGUCCAUCAUAGAAAAAAAUAUGGUAGUUCAGUUGUGGAUUGCAGAAGGCUUAGUAGAAUCAUCUACAGAUCCGGAAAAAGUUGGAGAAGAAUACUUUGAUGUACUAGUGUCAAGAUCAUUGAUACAUCGACGAUCUAUUGGUGAUGAGGAAGCAACCUUUGAAAUGCACGAUCUCAUCUAUGAUUUGGCUACUGAGGUUUCAUCUCCAUAUUGUAUAAAUUUGGAUGACCAUAACCUACAUCAUUCGGUGCAUAACUUAUCCUACAACAGAGGGAUAUAUGACUCACAUGAUAAAUUUGAUAAGUUGUAUGGAUUAAAAAGUCUACGCACCUUUCUAGCAUUACCAUUACAAGAACAAUUGCCUCUUUGUUUGCUAUCAAACAAGGUAGUAGAUGACUUGCUGCCAACAAUGAAACAGUUACGCGUCUUGUCUUUGUCAAACUACAAGAGUAUCACUGAGGUUCCCAACUCUAUUGGAAAUUUAUUAUACCUACAGUACUUAAAUCUUUCUCACACUAAGAUUGAAAGAUUGCCUUCUGAGACAUGCAAGCUUUACAAUCUGCAAUUCUUGUUGUUGGCAGGCUGUAAAAGGUUAACUGAAUUGCCAGAAGACAUAGGAAAAUUGGUUAAUCUGCGGCACCUUGACGUUAGUGACGCUGCUUUGCGGGAGAUGCCCGUACAAAUAGCCAAACUAGAAAAUCUACACACUUUGUCCGACUUUGUUGUCAGCAAACAUAAUGAUGGAUUGAAGGUUGCAGAGUUGGGGAAAUUUCCCCACCUACAUGGAAAACUUUCCAUCUCGCAACUACACAAUGUUAAUGACCCCUCUGAAGUAGAUCAAGCCAAUAUAAAGAUAAAAGAACAAAUAGACAAAUUAGCUUUGGAAUGGGACCGUGGUAGUACUUUUCCAGAUUCCCAAAUUAGAAGUGUUAUACUUGAUCAUUUGCAACCCUCAACAAAUUUGAAAAGUCUCACCAUCAAAGGCUAUGGUGGAAUCAACUUUCCAAAUUGGUUGGGUGAUUCUUCAUAUAGAAACAUGGUGUAUUUAAGAAUCUCGAAUUGUGAUGAUUGUUUAUGGCUUCCACCCCUUGGACAACUGGGUAAUUUGAAAGAACUCAUUAUUGAAGGGAUGCAAUCAGUAGGGACAAUUGGUAUUGAGUUCUAUGGAAGUGGUGGUUCUUCAUUUCAACCAUUUCCCUCUUUGGAGAAUCUACACUUUGAGAAUAUGCAAGAGUGGGAGGAAUGGGACUUGAUUGGAGGUACGACUACAACGUUUCCUAAUCUAAAAAAUUUAUCGCUUAGUAAGUGCCCGAAACUGAUAGUAGGAAACAUAGCUGGCAAGUUUCCUUCCUUAACUGAACUUGAGUUAAGAGAAUGUCCUUUACUGGUGCUAUCAAUGCCAUUAUCUGAUCAUGUAUUCAGACAACUGACGUUCCCUUUGAAUUCUCUUGAACAGCUGACCAUAGACGGCAUUCCAUCUUCAAUGUUUUUUCCAACAGACGGUCUGCCAAAAACCUUGAAAUUUCUCAUAAUCAGUAAUUGUGAAAAUCUAGAGUUCCUUCCUCUUGAAUACUUGUCCAAUUACACAUUGCUUGAGGAACUGAAAAUAUCGUAUAGUUGCAAUUCAAUGACAUCAUUUACCUUGGGUGCUCUCCCUGUUCUCAAGAGUCUGUUUAUUGAGGGUUGUAAAAAUCUAAAAUCAAUAUCAAUUGCAGAAGAUGCGUCACUAAAGAGUCUCUCAUUUCUUAGAAGCAUCAAAAUAUGGGAUUGUACUGAAUUGAAGUCAUUUCCCCCAGGUGGAUUGGCCACUCCAAACCUUGUUUAUUUUGCAGUGUGGAAGUGUGAGAAGCUUCCUUCACUACCAGAAGCAAUGCACACUCUAACCAACCUUCAAGAAAUGGAAGUUGAUAAUCUACCAAAUCUUCAAUCUUUUGUCAUGGAUGAUUUACCUAGCAGUUUGCAGGAACUGACUGUUGGCUCUAUUGGAGGGAUUAUGUGGAAUACUAAGCCAACUUGGGAGCAUCUCACUUGUCUUUCAGUGUUGCGAAUUAACGACGAUAUCAUGGUGACCACGCUGAUGGGGGCAUUUCUACCUUCAUCUCUUGUGACACUAUGCAUCUGUGGUCUUAGUGAUACAAGCUUUGACGGGAAGUGGCUUCAACAUCUCAAUUCUCUCCAAAAUCUUGAGAUUGUUAAUGCUCCCAAACUUAAGACUUUGCCAAAAAAAGGAUUGCCUUCAUCUCUUUUAGUACUAAGUAUGACUCGUUGUCCAUUAUUGGAAGCAAGUUUGCGGAGGAAGCGAGGGAGGGAGUGGCGUAAGGUUGCUCACAUUCCUGCCAUAAUUAUCGAUGACGAAUUGAUCACAUAAGUUUCAUGUCUAUUAUUCCAUUAUGUGUCACUCCUGCUGCUGCCCAAUCUUGCUGUUGUGAAAAGCCAAAUUCACAUACACGAACUGCUACCAAAUCCAGUAAAUGUCUUAGUGAUCAGGCACAGUCCCAGAGACGAAAAGGAGAAACAACUCACCGCAAAUAUGUCAGAUUGGCCAAGUUCUUCAAGUGGGAUUGUUGGCUUGCAACAAGAUGGCAGCAGUGGAAUCUUAGGUAUAAAUUUCGUCUAAGUUACUUUCACGUCAGUAUUGUGUGUUUCGCCAUCCAUCCCUCAGUUUAUAUUUUACAAGUUCUUGUUCACUAGUUGUCUCUUCUGUAGAUUUAUAUGUUAUUAUUUUCUCUAGUCUCUCUUCACGUAUCUUUAACAUCAAUUGUGUUGGGAAGGAGUUUGUUAGUGAUGCUGCUCAAUCUAAAGUUAAUGUUGUGGACUAUCAAAAUUAAUUUAGUGUAUCACAGACUACUCGUUAUUUGAAGCUAGUCUGCAGAGGAAGCGAGGGAAGUAGUAACGUAAGAUUGCUCACAUUCAGUUCAUAGUCAUUAAAGACAAAUUGAUCAUAUAAGUUUCCUGUCUCUCGGGCCCAUUUGCAGAUCAACCCGGGGCCUAAAGGGUGAUUGUGUGACUGGAACCAAGAUGGAAGCAGUUGCAUCUCAGGAUUCAGAAAAGGAGAUGAUUGAUGAAGUAGCUACGUUGGGCAGCAAUUAUCUCUCAGAGUUGAUUUCGCGGCAACUGCUUCAACAAUAUGCAGGUAUCCUCAACAAUAUUGUAGCACCUAGACCAGGGUGAGGAGCUUGGAGCAAUAUCUGAUCAUCAAUACUGGCCACAACAUGCGCAGCAACAACGUCAAUAAUAUGCACCUUAUUUGUCUGCAGCAGCUUUCAGUCCCGCGGCUGAUUCACUGAAAAAAAUUAGCCCUACAUGGUGAAGUGAUUUGAAAUGGUAUGCACUCGACUUAGGGGACCAGCAAGUUCACAUUGUCAAUAACCGUGGAUACUACACCAUCAAUGUUGCCACUAGUUCCUUUGUAUUCGUCGAUGCAUGUAUCUUUGUUUGCAAAUUUAGCACUUAAGAAUGUUCUUAACCUGAGUUCUGAUUUGAGGACAUGUUUAAUUAAGUAUCUGUAGACAAAUAAGGUGCAUAUUGUUGAUACAAUAUUGUUGUUUAUGAGGAUGACCAAAUGGCCUUUUAUCUGCACCAA